GGAACAGUAUAUUUUUAACAAGAAUCGGUUACUGGAAGUACAAGAUUGGUUAUUAAUGUUAAAAUGAAGUUUUGAUCAGCAGAGGUGCUGAUAAUCAGAUUUGUCUCCUGGGUAGCAGUUAAAAAUGACUGAAGUCCAAGCAAUGGUGGAAUUCUCCGUGGAGCUAAACAAGUUCUACAAUGUGGAUUUAUUUCAGAGAGGGUUUUACCAAAUCCGUGCAUCUAUGAGACUUCCACCAAGAAUUCCUCACAGAGUAGAAGCCAGCUUGUUACAUGCAACAGGUAUGACUUUAGCUUUUCCAGCUUCAGUUCAUGAUUCUCUGAUUUGCAGUAAAACAUUUCAAAUUCUAUACAAAAAUGAAGAGGUUAUUUUAAAUGAUGUUAUGAUCUUCAAAAUUAAAAUGUUGUUGGAUGAAAAAAAGAUUGAAGAAACCCUUGAGGAAAUGAACUUUUCAUUAUUCUUGGAUCUGCACUUCACAGAUGGAGAUUAUUCGGCAGAUGACUUGAACGCCAUGCAACUUAUAAGUAGCCGAACAUUGAAGCUGCACUUUAGCCUCCAUAGAGGCCUACAUCAUCAUGUUAAUGUUAUGUUUGAUUAUUUCCACCUUUCUGUUGUAUCUGUCACAGUCCAUGCAUCACUGGUUGCACUACACCAACCACUAAUAAGCUUUCCUCGUUCUGUGAAGACUACUUGGUUAAACAGAAAUGUACCAGCACAAAACAAAGAUUCUUUGAUUCCUACUCUUGAAAGUGUGGUCUUUGGUAUUAACUACACAAAACAGUUGUCACCAGAUGGAUGCAGUUUCAUCAUUGCAGAAUCCUUCCUACAUCAUGCUUAUAAUUUUCAUUAUACACUUUGUGCCACUUUGCUGCUAGCUUUCAAAGGAUUGCACAGCUACUUCAUUACGGUAACAGAAGAGAUUCCCUCUUGUCAGAAACUAGAACUGGAGGAAAUGGAUGUAGAAGGCCGACUUACUGAACUAUGUGAAGAAGUUAAGAAAGUAGAAAAUCCUGAUGAACUGGCAGAACUUAUAAAUAUGAAUCUUGCACAACUUUGCUCACUUCUAAUGGCUUUAUGGGGACAGUUUCUGGAAGUUAUAACACUACAUGAAGAACUAAGAGUGUUCUUAGCACAAGAACAUCAUACUUUGAGGGUACGAAGAUUUUCAGAGGCAUUCUUUUGUUUUGAACAUCCAAGAGAAGCUGCCAUUGCAUACCAAGAACUUCAUGCUCAGAGUCAUCUACAGAUGUGCACCGCUAUCAAAAAUACUUCCUUCUGCAAUUCUCUUCCACCCCUACCUAUUGAAUGUAGUGAAUUAGAUGGAGAUCUCAAUUCAUUACCUAUAAUCUUUGAAGAUAGGUAUUUAGAUUCUGUUACUGAAGACUUAGAUGCACCCUGGAUGGAGAUUCAGAAUCUUCAGAGACCAGAGUUCAAUAGAAUGGAUAAAUAUGAGACUGAAGAAAGCUCUGUAGCUGGACUUUCUAGCCCAGAGGUGAAAGUCAGACCUGCUGGUGCCUCCAAUAUUUGGUAUACAGAAGGUGAAAAGCAGCUAACAAAGUGUCUAAAAGGAAAGAAUGAAGAAACAAAUAAAUCCAAAGUUAAGGUUACUAAGCUCAUGAAAACAAUGAAAUCUGAACACACAAAAAAAUUAAUAAAACAGAACUCUAAGGAUUCUGUGGUUUUGGUAGGCUACAGAUGUUUGAAAAGUACAGCAUCAAAUGAUCUGUCUAAAUACUUGGAAGGCAAUCCUUCACAUAGUCAGAAAGAAGGUCUGGAUCCCACAAUAUGUGGAUGUAAUUUUGACCCAAAGACCUACAUCAGACAGACAAGUCAAAAAGAAGCUAGCUAUGUGCCAGCCUAUACAGAGAGAACUGAACAAAAAUCUCCAGAUAUUGAAAAUGUGCAACCAAACCAAUUUGAUCCUUUGAACUCUGGCAGCCUAAAUCUUUGUGCAAAUUUGUCCAUUUCAGGUAAACUUGAUAUCUCCCAAGACGAUAGUGAAAUUACACAAGUGGAACACAAUCUGGCAUCCAGAAGUUCAUCAGACGAUUGCCAUGAUCAUCAAACAGCCCCACCUUCGGGAGUUAGAACAAUUGAAGUAAAGCCAAGUGAUAAAGAUCCCUUCAGGGGAGAGAAAAUAACUGUUAAAAUAGGACAUUGGACAGAGCCACGACAACAUGAGAUAUUUGUGGAUAAUUUACAGCUAUCCAACAUUGAAUCGUUAGAAUCUAAUGGUAAAUCUAAUUCUAUAGAAAUAACACUUGAAAAGGAAGCUUUAAAGGAAGCAAAGUGUUGUUCUGUUGAAGACUCGUUAGCUAAGUUAAGAAAUAAUCUACCUACUCCGUCCAUAAAAGAAUACCAUGUUAUAGUAAGUGGAGAUACAAUUAAGAUACCAGAUAUUAAUGCUGCAACUGCUUCAUCUAGAUUUUCAGAUUCAGGUGUUGAAAGUGAACCAAGUUCUUUUGCAACACAUCCAAACCCAGAUGUAUUUGAAACUGUACAGGGGCAAGGUCCUUAUAAUAAUGAAAGAUUAUUUCCUCAACUUGUGAUGAAACCUGACUGUAACAUAAAAUUUUCAUUAGAAAGUCAUUGCACUGAGAGCACAAGUGCUUUAAGUGAAAUACAGUCAUCUUUAACAUCAAUAAACUCGUUACCUUCUGAUGAUGAACUGUCACCUGAUGAAAAUUCUAAGAAAUCUGUUGGACCUGAGUGCCAUUUAAGUGACAGCAAAACUGUAUUAAAUUUGGGAACAAUUGAUUUACCAAAAUGUGAUGAUAGUAAAAAGUCAAGUAUUAUCUUGCAACAGCAGAGUGUUGUAUUUUCAGGGCAUUUGGACAGUGAAACUAUAGCAAUACAUUCCUUAAAUUCAAGCACUAAAGACUCGUUACAAUUUGUUUUUUCAGAUGAAGAUACUUCCAGAGAUGUGAAAAGUAGUAGCAGUUCCAAACCUAACUUGGACAGUAUGUGUAAAGACUCUCAGAGUCCUUAUAAAUCUAAAAACUCUGCAGGGGCAGCAAUUACAUUAAAUUCAUCAGUGAUUUGUUUAGCAGAUCCUUGUGUUGUUUUAGGUUCCGUUUCUACUAAUACAGAAUUUAAUGAAUCUAGAAGUAUGAAAAGAAUAAAUAGUGAUGCAUUAAGUCUCAAACAAGUAUGUUCAGAUGUCUGUUCAGUUGAAAGUGAAAGUCAUCUGGGUACAGGUGACUCUUUUUCAGCCAUUACUGAUAUAGUAAAGCAAGGGCUUGUGGAAAACUAUUUUGGUUCUCAAAGCAGUACAGACAUUUCUGAAACCUAUGCUAUUAGCUACAGCAAUUCCUUUGGUUCUAAGAAGGAAACUUUUGAAAAGGAAAUUACUAGUCUUCAGCCCGAACAAAAUAAAGAGGAUGAGGAGGAAGAGCAGGACCAACAAAUGGUUCAAAAUGGGUAUCAUGAAGAAACUGAUUAUUCAGCUUUGGAUGAAACAGUGAAUGCUCACUAUCCAAACAGAGAUGCACUAGUAGAAGAGAAACUUAUAAAACCUGAAAAAAUGCACAGUGACUAUUUGAGGGAUGGUAUAAAUAUGCCUGCUGUCUGCACUUCUGGUUGUUUGUCUUUCCCAUCUGCACCACGAGAGUCUCCUUGUAGUGUUAAAUAUUCUUCUAAAAGUAAAUUUGAUGCCAUUACCAAACAGCCAAGCAGCACUUCUUACAACUUUACUUCAUCAUUUUCCUGGUAUGAAAAUUCACCAAAACCUCAAAUACAAGCUUUCCUUCAGGCAAAGGAAGAAUUGAAGCAACUUAGACUGCCAGGGUUCAUGUACAGUGAUGUUCCUCUGCUGGCAUCUUCAGUACCUUAUUUUAGUGUGGAAGAAGAAGAUAGUUCUGAAGAUGGAGUACAUCUUAUUGUCUGCGUACAUGGUUUAGAUGGUAACAGUGCAGAUCUUCGAUUAGUAAAAACUUAUAUUGAACUUGGACUGCCUGGAGGAAGAAUUGAUUUUCUCAUGUCUGAGAGAAAUCAGAAUGAUACCUUUGCCGAUUUUGAUAGCAUGACUGAUCGCCUCCUGGAUGAGAUAAUACAAUAUAUUCAGAUAUAUAGUCUAACAGUCUCAAAAAUAAGCUUUAUUGGACAUUCAUUGGGCAAUUUAAUAAUUCGUUCAGUGCUUACAAGGCCAAGAUUUAAAUAUUACCUCAACAAACUUCAUACCUUUCUGUCUCUCUCUGGACCUCACCUUGGUACACUCUACAAUAGCAGUGCUCUUGUUAACACAGGUCUCUGGUUUAUGCAGAAAUGGAAAAAAUCAGGUUCUCUUUUGCAGCUGACAUGUCGAGAUCAUUCAGACCCUCGCCAAACUUUCUUAUACAAGCUUAGUAAGAAAACAGGACUUCAUUAUUUCAAAAAUGUUGUGCUGGUCGGAUCUCUACAAGAUCGUUAUGUUCCUUACCAUUCUGCCCGAAUUGAGAUGUGUAAAACAGCAUUAAAGGACAAACAGUCAGGACAAUUCUAUUCCGAAAUGAUCCAUAACUUGCUUCACCCAGUUCUGCAAAGCAAGGACUGUAAUUUGGUUCGAUAUAAUAUCAUCAAUGCAUUGCCCAAUACAGCUGAUUCACUAAUUGGGAGAGCUGCACAUAUAGCUGUUCUUGAUUCAGAAAUAUUUUUAGAAAAAUUUUUUCUGGUUGCUGCCCUCAAAUAUUUCCAGUAGUAUAAAAACAUUUUUAAGAGACUUGAAAAUUACCUCAUUCAACAGUGAUUCAAAUAAUGUAUUAUAUUAAAGUAUAGAUGCUAAUUAGUUAUAAGAAAUAUUUAUACCUUUUUAUAUGGAAGAUAAUUUAUAUCAUCCAUGUUUAGAGCUUUUAAAAACAUCAACAACUUUACUUUCUAGUAAUGUGGCUGUGCAAUAUUUUUUUAAUUUUAUCUUUUUACUUUUCUAUUACUUUUUCAUAUAUUUUGCUACCUAAAUAUUUCAGUGAAACUUUAAGCCCACAUCUAAUUAUUACUGUCUUUCCACAGUUCUUACAUCUGACUACAUCAUAUUAAAGGCCAUUAUUGCUAGAAUAGCACGGGGUUUUGAAUUUUCUAAUAUUGGAGUAUUAUUUAGUGAAUUAUUAGCUUUAUUUUUAGCAUUUUACUAUGUUGUAACUGGAAAUAAAAUUAUAGCUGCUAAAAUAUAUUUUUUGAAAUCAACUUCUGUCAUCCUAAAGUAGACCUUUCUCAUAUAAAUCCAACCAGGCAGUUCAUAUUUGACAGUGUCAUGAAGGUUUUCUAUAAAGUCAUUAUUGUUGUUAUUGCACAUAUGUCAGACCUAUGAAAAUAUAUUUUUACUGGUGAUUUCAGCAUUAUUUCUCAUACUGACUUUUAUUACUGGAACUUUUCAUGUUCAUGUUGGCAGCAUAUAAAGAUUUUGAAUGUUUGAAUGUCUUCUCCUUUGAUUUGGUUGAAAUUUUGCUAAAUUUGGUAAUGUUGCUUGAACUUUAUGACUAUAUUUCUUUAACUUUUUUCAUGAACUUUCUUGUAUGUACAUAUAACAAUUGUUGAAAUUUCUGAAAUACUUUUAUGGAUUUACAUAAUUUUUAAAUAUUGUUAAAAUUUAUUGAACUAAACUAAUGUAAAUAAAACAAUUCAUGUUGCAUAUGAAACAAAAUAAUUAACUUUACAUGUUUGGUGAUAAAGAUGCAAACAAUUUUGAUUUAUUGAGAUGUUGACUCUUGAUUUUCCUAAGGUGCUGAAUAGCGGUAAAUUCACUAUUUUUCUUUCCUCUUGCACUUGUGAAAAUAAUAAUGCACUAAAGGUGGAUUGAAGGUUCUAUUUGCAUUCACAAGUUGUGACAGACAGAAAGUUUUUAUAAGUCUGUGUUGUAUAACUGAUGCAUGUUUAUUUUUAGAAUUGUGUUUAUUGCCUCUGGUGUUAAUAAAUGAACAAAUGCCUAUCUAGAGAAGCAACU